GGUGUUUUGCUCAGGGGUGUGGUACGGUGUGUUGGUGAGGGGCAAGAGGCAUAUUGCAGGGCUCCCCUGGGCUGCACAGCCCUUAGGGCCGACCUGGGGUGCGUGCCACGAGGAGCAGCGGGCGCAGAAGGAACGAGGCCUCGGACCGCGGAGGAGGAGGGCGGGCGCGGAGGCGUGGUGCCAGCUGCAGCGCGCUGGGGCCCCGGGGGCCGAGCCGAGUCAUAUAAUCUCGCCCAGCCUGGGAGAGCUCGGGGAGCGCCAGGAGGGGCCGGGGGGCGCAGUGGGGCCCGAGCGGGAGCACUCGGAGAGGAAGGAGGGUGGGAGCGAGAGCGGGAGGGGGACGGACGCGGACCGAAAGUGGGGAAAGAAGGUGCAGGCGGGCGGGCGCCCUGGCCCAGGGGCCGCGGGCGCGGGAGCCCGGCGAGGUUGAGCUGGGCGGCGGCGCGGGCCGAGCCGAGGGAGGAGGGGAAGGCGGAGGCGCGGGGAGCGUGUUUGGGGCGCCGCGGCAGGGAGGGUGGCGGCCGCCGGUGCGCGCGGGGCGCUGUGUGUGCGCGCUCUCCCGCUCGGGGAGGAAGAUGGCCCAGAAGGGAAAGUUGGGGUGACGCGCGCAGCCCCCCGAGGCUCGGCUGGAGCCGCCGCGGCGAGCCCGACGGAGCGGCGGCCAGGCAGGCCGGGGGGCGCGCAGUCCUGGUGCCUCCGCGGCCGCCGAGGCGCCCGCCCCCUCACUGCAGGUGGCCGCGGGUGCCCCGGGUCCCGGCGGCCGGGGGCGCGGGCCGGCGCGCGGGGGAGCCCGGCUGAGGGAUGGGCUGCGCCCCCAGCAUCCACGUCUCGCAGAGCGGCGUGAUCUACUGCCGGGACUCGGACGAGUCCAACUCGCCCCGCCAGACCACCAGCGUGUCGCUGGGCCCCGCGGCCCCCCCGCACGGCCUCUUCGUCCAGACCGACGCCGCCGACGUUAUUCCCCCGAGCGGCGCUUCGGGACCCCCGGGCGCCGCCCGGGUCCGCAGGGCCCGCGCGGAGCUGGGCAGCGGCGGGAGCAGCAGCAGCAGCAGCGCGGGUUCCGCAGCCCCCGCCGCGACCACCUGCAGGGGCCGGAGGCGCCACUGCUGCAGCAGCGCGGAGGCCGAGACCCAGACCAGCUACACCAGCGUCAAGCAGGUCUCUUCUGCGGAGGUGCGCAUCGGGCCCAUGAGACUGACGCAGGAUCCAAUUCAGGUUUUGCUGAUCUUUGCAAAGGAAGAUAGUCAGAGUGAUGGAUUCUGGUGGGCCUGUGACAGAGCUGGCUAUAGAUGCAAUAUUGCACGGACUCCAGAGUCAGCCCUUGAAUGCUUUCUAGAUAAACAUCAUGAAAUUAUCGUAAUAGAUCACAGACAGACGCGAAACUUUGACGCGGAAGCGGUGUGCAGGUCGAUCCGGGCCACAAAUCCUUCUGAGCACACGGUGAUCCUUGCGGUGGUUUCACAAGCAUCGGGUGACCGAGAAGAGGCCUCAGUCCUCCCUCUCCUGCAUGCAGGCUUCAACAGGAGAUUUAUGGAGAAUAACAGCAUAAUUGCUUGCUAUAAUGAACUGAUUCAAAUAGAACACGGGGAAGUUCGUUCACAGUUCAAAUUACGGGCCUGUAAUUCAGUGUUUACAGCCUUAGACCACUGUCAUGAAGCCAUAGAAAUUACAAGUGAUGACCAUGUGAUUCAGUACGUCAACCCAGCCUUUGAAAGAAUGAUGGGCUACCACAAAGGCGAGCUGCUGGGCAAGGAGCUCGCCGAGCUGCCCAAAAGUGAUAAAAACCGGGCCGACCUUCUCGAUACCAUCAACACGUGCAUCAAGAAAGGCAAGGAGUGGCAGGGGGUUUACUAUGCAAGACGGAAAUCUGGGGACAGCAUCCAACAGCACGUGAAGAUCACUCCAGUGAUUGGCCAAGGAGGGAAAAUUAGGCAUUUUGUCUCCCUCAAGAAACUGUGUUGUACCACUGACAAUAAUAAGCAGCUUCACAAGGUUCAUCGUGAUUCAGGAGACAAUUCUCAGACAGAGUCCCAUUCAUUCAGAUACAAGAACAGAAGGAAAGAGUCCAUUGAUGUGAAAUCGAUAUCAUCUCGAGGCAGUGAUGCACCAAGCCUACAGAAUCGUCGCUAUCCAUCCAUGGCAAGAAUCCAUUCCAUGACCAUCGAGGCUCCCAUCACAAAGGUUAUAAAUAUCAUCAAUGCAGCCCAAGAGAACAGCCCCGUCACAGUAGCAGAAGCCUUGGACAGGGUUUUAGAAAUUCUACGGACCACAGAACUGUAUUCCCCUCAGCUGGGUACCAAAGAUGAAGAUCCCCACACCAGUGAUCUCGUUGGAGGCCUGAUGACUGAUGGCUUGAGAAGGUUGUCAGGAAACGAGUAUGUGUUCACUAAGAAUGUGCACCAGAGUCACAGCCACCUUGCGAUGCCAAUAACCAUCAACGAUGUCCCCCCUUGUAUCGCUCAGUUACUUGAUAAUGAGGAAAGUUGGGAGUUCAACAUCUUUGAAUUGGAAGCUGUAACACAUAAAAGGCCAUUGGUUUACCUGGGCUUAAAGGUGUUUUCUCGGUUUGGAGUAUGUGAAUUUUUACACUGCUCUGAAACUACUCUUCGAGCCUGGCUCCAAGUGAUUGAAGCCAACUACCACUCCUCCAAUGCCUACCACAACUCCACCCAUGCCGCCGAUGUCCUGCAUGCCACUGCCUUCUUCCUUGGAAAGGAACGAGUGAAGGGAAGCCUUGAUCAGUUGGAUGAGGUCGCAGCACUGAUUGCAGCCACGGUGCACGAUGUGGAUCACCCGGGAAGGACCAACUCGUUCCUCUGCAAUGCAGGCAGCGAACUCGCCGUGCUCUACAAUGACACCGCUGUCUUAGAGAGUCAUCACACUGCCCUGGCUUUCCAGCUCACUGUCAAGGACAGCAAAUGCAACAUUUUCAAGAACAUCGACAGGAACCAUUAUCGAACACUGCGCCAGGCCAUUAUCGACAUGGUUUUAGCAACAGAGAUGACCAAACACUUUGAACAUGUGAACAAAUUUGUGAACAGCAUCAAUAAGCCAAUGGCAGCUGAGAUUGAGGGCAGUGACUGUGAAUGCAACCCUACUGGGAAGAACUUUCCUGAAAACCAAAUCCUGAUCAAGCGUAUGAUGAUAAAGUGUGCUGAUGUAGCCAACCCAUGUCGCCCCCUGGACCUGUGCAUCGAAUGGGCUGGGAGGAUCUCUGAGGAGUAUUUUGCACAGACUGAUGAAGAGAAGAGACAGGGGCUCCCUGUGGUGAUGCCAGUGUUUGACCGGAAUACCUGCAGCAUCCCCAAAUCCCAGAUCUCCUUCAUUGACUACUUCAUAACAGACAUGUUUGAUGCUUGGGAUGCCUUUGCCCAUCUGCCAGCCCUGAUGCAACAUUUGGCUGAUAACUACAAACACUGGAAGACAUUAGAUGACCUCAAGUGCAAAAGUCUGAGGCUUCCAUCUGAUAGCUAAAGCCAAGACAGAGAAGGGGACCUCGGGAUCUGCGAAGGGCACUGUGAAUCAGUCGUGGAAAUAAGAGGCAUUACUUUCUAGUGAAAAGGACAGGUGUAGGUUAAAGAGUUGGUGUUUAAUAUUGGACCUUUGAAUUACUUAAGUCCCCAAACUGCAUUUUUAGAAAGUUACAUUCCGUGAAGAGAAAGACAUGUUCUUUUGAACACUUAGUGACAGAACAAACACAUGGCAAAAUCCUUUGUCCUACUGUCAUCCUGUGUCCUCAUGAAACCAUGGAGCUCAUUUACUAUAUAUAACUAGCAGGACACAGCAGCAAAGACGGUGCCUGUGAGCCCAUCUUGCUGGAUGACCAAGUAGCUUAGCUAGUGUCUCUUACCAUAAAAGUCACCUUCACUGUUUAGCUUGACUAUUUUCCUCAAGAGUCUCAGCCUGAAGGAUUCAUAAUACCUAAGGGGAAAAAACUAUAUAAAAAAUGAGCAAAACAACUAGGACCAAAUCACUGAUAAACUAGUUGGUUUUGUCACCUCUAUGGCUAAGCAGUUCUUUUGCUUAAUGGUGUGACAAGCAAGGUUGACCACAGCCUUGGCCUGGUGAGUGCCUUCUGUAGACUGGAAGCAGUGGCCUGUGUAGCUGUCUUUCCUAGAAAAGGAAUUCAUCUUAUGAUGGGGAGGGACUGACACCUUAUUUGGGGGGAAUCCAAGAGCUUCCCUUAUUUCCGGUUUACAGAGGCAGUCACAAGGCACUAAAGUGAGUAUAUAAAAGCCAUUAAAUUUGAAUGCCCUUGGAUAAACUUUUUUUUUUAAGAAAAUUUAUAUACAUUUGCUGUUAAAAGUUUUUAUUAAAGCACUCUAAAUUUGGUGGGUGUAAGUCUGGAGUAGCUUAUGCAGUGUACCAUCUAGACAUCUCUUUUUGGGGAGGGAUGGGGAAGUUUCAAAGUUCAGAUGUUUUUAACCUAUCUAUAUUUGAAACCUUGCCAUUUUGCUUUAAUGAUGUAAAGAAGAAAAGACUGCACGAUGUGUAAAUAGAUUGGAAAAUAGGCAUAAGGAGAAGCAGUAAAUACUAUUUUAUGCUCUUAAUUGUAUGCUAAAAGCUUCUAAAGCACAAGUGCAUAUUUUUAUACAGCUCUUUUGAAAACUUUCUGUGAUCUACAUAAAGUCAGACUUGAGAUUUUCCUUUCUCUUUUACCAAACAACCCUUCUCUAUGUAUUGUAAAUAUCAGAAACUCAGUAAACAAAAUAUCUUCAUUUUCCUUUUCAAAUCCUCUGUACUCCAUGCUGCAUUUUAAUGAGGUAUAAACAGAGGCUGAAUUAGUGGAGUAGUAGUUAUUUUUUUCAAAUGAAAAUUGGAAUGCAGAACACUUGAAACCAGUACAUGGAAAGAAAAAAAAUGACUUAUCACUACAUAAUGUGCCAAUGUUUUUUUCUAUGUUUUGUACCAAAAAAUGAAAUCAUAUAUGACAAUUCCACGCAGAGAAAUGUAUCUAAAUUAUUUUUGUUAGAAAAGCGAAUGUGCUUGGUCAGGACAGCAGCUAGCUUUGUGUUGUAAUGCUGCACUAUGUAAAUGUGAUGAAAGUGUUUUUGUGAAGUACUUGUAACUAAAUUCCUACAGCCAUUUUUCAUUCCCAACAGCUGUUUUUAUUUUAUCUCUUUGGCCUAAACUUUUCAUUAUUUCAAAA